CAUCAGUCAAAUUCUAGUUAAGAGUAGUGAAAGUUGUAGUGUGGCCCCAAAAUGGCGUCGAAAGUAUUAAUUCUAUUACUAUUAUUCGCUACCCUUCAAAAUGUCACCCCUGCAAGAAUCUUGGCGAUCGUCCCAACUGCUUCCUACAGUCACCAAAUGUUCUUCCAACAAAUCUGGCGUGAGUUAGCCCUGCGGGGUCAUGAUAUGGUUGUGAUAACAUCAGAUCCCACCGAGGAGAAACUCCCAAACUUCAAAGAAAUCAGUAUUAAGGAGAACUAUGGUCCAUUCAGAAAGAUGAUGGCUGAAUUCAUCAAGCAAAACAUAUUUAAAUUCCUCCUGGAUGAUAAGAUGACCAAAAUGAGCAUGGAUAUUAUUCAUCAUCAGGUGUCUCUACCUCAGGUCAAAGAGGUCUUUGAAAAUAAAACGGAGCACUUUGACCUUGUGAUGAUUGAACAUUUCCCUGGUGUUUAUUAUGGUUUGAAACACAAGUACAACUGUCCUUUGAUUGGGAUAGCUUCCCUGGAUGCUUUUGGAAGAUCCCAUGAAAUAAUGGGUAACCCAGUUCAUAGUGUGCUAUAUCCCAUGUCUUUGUUACCCUAUCAGGAAAAUUUGACCUUUUUCAAAGAGUGAGCAUUGGCGUUGAAAGGUUUAUUAUUACGUAUGCAGGAUAACAAUAUGAAGAUGGUUGAUGACUUGGCAAAGGAAAUUUAUGGAGAUGAUGUGCCUAGUAUGGAUGAGUUGUUUGAUCAAACGGAUAUGUUGUUUGUGAAUGCUAACCCUAUUUUCACGGCGGUUAGACCUUUCACUCCUAGUACAAUUAAUCUAGCUGGUGGGGUUCAUAUGAAGAAACCUAAACCUUUACCGAAGGACUGGCAGGAUUAUUUGGAUUCUGCUCCAAAUGGGGCGAUUUACUUCAGUUUGGGUACCAAUGUCAAAACUAAGGAUUUGUCUACAGAAAUGCUUCAAACCUUUAUGGAUGCGUUAUCCCAGUUACCCUAUAAAGUUUUAUGGAAGUUUGAAGAUGAUACACUUCCGGGAAAACCGGAAAAUGUGAAGAUUACUAAGUGGGCACCUCAACAAGAUGUUUUACGUCAUCCCAAUGUUAAAUUGUUCAUAACCCAAGGAGGAAUUCAAUCCCUGGAAGAAUCUUUAUACUCCCAUGUACCUAUGGUAGUAUUACCCUUCCUGGGUGAUCAGGAAGCAAAUGCUGUGAAGGUCAAAGCUAAAGGUUUGGGUGUGACAUUGAAUCGCCAUGCUUUAACAAUGGAGGACUUCAAGGCGGCCAUUUUGGAAGUGAUGGAUAAUAAAGUAUACCGUGAAAAUGUCAAACGUUUAGCUGAAAGAAUCCAGGAUGAACCUAUGACACCACUGGAGAAGGCUAUCUGGUGGACGGAGUAUGUUAUCAGACACAAAGGGGCCCAACAUUUGAAAGGACCAAGGAUUCCGGUGUGGCAGUAUUACUAUUUUGAUGUUUUGGCGUUUUUGGGAGGAAUUUUACUAUUGCUUUUGGGAGUAUUAUAUGGGAUUGUUAAGUUGUUGAUCAAAGGUGUUAGGAAAUUGAAGGGUAAAUGUUGUAAGGUUGAUGAAAAGAAGAAGAAAAGUAAAAAGGAAUAGGUUGAUGUGAUUUAAGUGAUUUUGUAUGAAUAAAUAAAUAAAAAGCAAUAGUAAGAUAUAAA